AUGCUCGCAAUCGCCGUUUCCGUCACUUUGGCGAUUCUCGUCGCGAUUGGCGCAUUCUUAUUGAAGGUUUGUUGGUUUUUGCGCAACUUUUGCGCAACUUUUCGGUUAAUAUCGAUUUUUUAGAAGCGAAACGGUCGGAUCGAACGUAAAGUGGACCCGGAAGUUGAGGAUGGAGCCGACGAGCCACAAAACAAGACGAUGGCGAUCAUGGACACUUCGUUCGAAUCGGAUGCGUCCCACGAAUCGGCCGAGACGCAGGAAUUGGACGAAAACUACAAAUUGCCCUACUUCACCGAGUCCGAAUCGGAGGAAAACGAUGCGGCCGAAUGUGGUCCCACUCGGAUCAUUGGCACCGCCUCUUCUGGAUACGAUUCCGACGAGGAGAUCGAUAUGGCGUGGGAGGAAUGUGAGUGGACGGGCUUUUGUUUAGAAAUGAGCGCAUAACUUGAGAAUGUGACGUUUUGAGGCGAAAUGAUCAAUUACAAAGUUGUUUGGCAUCAAAUUUGCAACAACUUUUUAGUUGACCAUUUAUUGAUACAAUUGCUGGUUCUCGAGAUAUGAACUUUUGAACGCAAGAGACUAAUACCGCUUAUUUAAAGUGAUGUAUCUCUGCUGUCGGUGGAGAUAUCAAAAAGUGGUCAACUGAUAAAAAAUGCAUAAUUUCCUAAUGAACAUUUCAUUAGUUGACAACUUUUCGAUAUCUCCACCGAUAGCUGAGAUAUAACGCUUUGAAUAGUGGAUGGCGGCUUAAAAUUGUCAACUAGUCUGCAAUUUCCCCGUGUUUUCAGUCAAAGUCCGUGCGUGUCCACCGGGACCGGUCCCCGCCAACCAAGUGUACGCGAUUGUCGACUGCCCCGAGUUCAACGAGUACGUCAAGGCGGUGGUCGAUGGGGACCACCACUCGGAAAUCCACGUGCUCAGCUAUUCGUGCAACCAUUUGAGAGAGUACCGCUGGGUUCGGACGACGUGCCCGAAUUGCUUGCACAAGAUUCGGAUGGCGCUGAUCGACGGAGGAUGUGAUUUGCCGCUGGCCAUGGAUUCGGAUGGAUCGGAUGUUGCCGAUCAGGACGUGGACCUGGAAGUUCAGGAGGACAACGUGGAUUCGGUCGGAUCCGAUCUCGAAGACGUUGCCGAUCAGGACCAUGAAGAAGAAGAAGAAGAAGAAGAAGAAGAUGAUGACGUGGCUCCAUCCAACACGGACACCCAGGGCUCGGAAGAAGAAUCGGAAGAAGAGGAAUCGGAAGAAGAAGAAGAAGAAGAAGAAGAAGAAUCGGUGGAGCGCAUCGAAAAGCCGGUGCCGUGGGUCCACAACGAAUUCGACUUUUCGAGCCUACAAUAUCAGUUCGAUUUGGACGUUGUUCUCAGUGAGGAAAAUGACAUGUGUCUCAGUUUUGCCUAA